GUUUGUUUAUGAGCGCAGACGCAGCGUUGUUGUCGCACAGUGAACCAAAGUCAGGAGAAGUUCAGCAGAAAUAACCUGUCACCAUGAAGAGCGCUGCUGUGUUCGUGUUUUUAGCCUUCUGUGCUAUCUCAGCGAUGUCUUUGGCUGAUGAUAAAGACAAAUUCAUUCCUCCUGUGUCUGUGGAACCUGCGGGUGAGUUCAGCCAAUCACCUACAAAAGAACCUAAAACAACCAAGCCCCAAACAACCAAGCCUCCAACCACUAAGCCCCCAACAACCAAGCCUCCAACUACCAAGCCUCCAACAACCAAGCCACCAACUACCAAGCCACCAACAACCAAGCCACCAACAACCAAGCCUCCAACAACCAAGCCACCAACAACCAAGCCACCAACAACCAAGCCACCAACAACCAAGCCUCCAACAACCAAGCCACCAACAACCAAGCCACCAACUACCACCCCCAAGCCUACUACAACACCACCUAAACCUACCCCCUCCACCAACUUGACUGUAGGAAACUACACCCUGAUGGGGGAGAAAAAUGUUAUCUGCCUGAUGGCUCAGAUGGCGCUGCAGAUCCGGCUGGUCAUACCAAAGGAUAAUGGGACCUUCAUUGUUCAGCCAAAGGCAACCAAAGCAGAAGGAGGAUGUAAGGACCCCAAGGCCAACCUUACCCUUGUCUUCCCUGAGGGCUUCAUCACCUUCAUGUUCAACAAGAGCGCUGCAGACGACACCGUCUAUGUUAACUCUCUGUCUUUCAGCCUUGUCUACCCUUUGAGCAAAACUGAAAACAAGUUCAAUGGCUUCAACUCGUCAGUGAAGCUCUUCACCGCAAAGGUCGGACACUCCUACUCCUGCAAGAGCGAGUCUCUGUACAUGGGGAAAGGACUGUACCUGGAUGUCACUCAGGACAGGAUGCAGGCCUUCAAUCUGACCAAGAGCAACGAGUUCGGCCUGCCUGACCCAUGUCCUGCUGAUCAGCCUGAUUACCGUGUUGCCGUUGCGGUUGGAGUGACGUUGCUCGUGCUCAUCGUCAUCGUUGUGCUGGCUUACCUGCUAGGCCGCCGGAGGAGGACCGACGGCUACCAGACUCUGUGAGGGUCAGAGGUCACUCCUAGUGUCAACAAAGUGAGGCUGUGUGUGAUUGUUCUCAGGGGUCAAAGGGCACUUCCACUAAAGCCUAACCUGCUUUUUCUGUCUUUUUGUCCAAAUUUACUGUUUUAACUUUGAGUUGUGUGUAUGGAAGCUGGAGUCUGUCACUGGAGUAAUGCAAAGUGAUUGAUUAUAAUCAUUGAUAAACCAAUCAAAUCAGAUGCUAAUGUAAAUUCACAAAUCAAAUUAGUAUUUAGAAGUUGCACUGUUGAAUUCGUUUCUGUAUUUAUAUGCUGGAUUGAAAUUUGAAUUUGAAAACUGAGUCAAAAUAAAUAUAUUUUUAAAGAAAUUUACAUUUUACAGCUUUUUUGUUAAUUUGUUUUUUUUUAUUUCAGAUCAUACAAAGCUUCUUAAAAUUUAAGAAUAGAUGUUUGUUUUCAUAUAAGGAUCCCAAUUGGAAAUGUUUUCAUGCGGGCGUGUUUCUCAAAAAUCAGUUCAAAAAGUUGGUUAAAAUUGGUUGAUCAAAUUUUUAAUUUUAAGGGAGAGGCUUUGUUCAUUUAUUCAGGUUUAAUUUAACCAACAAAGACCCCUAAAUAAUCAACAAAUAAAGUCUCAAAAAUAUUAUAGAAGGAAUCAAAUAAAUUCUGUCAAUGAAAGAAAACAGGAAAAAUAGGAUUUAAAAUAUUUUUAAAAAUGAUUACAUUUUUGAAAUACAUUAUAAUUCAUUAUUCCUAUUUUCAUUUAAUAAAUAAUUAUACACUUAAAAUAAAAAUAAAAAAUAAUAACAAUUUAAAGGCUUUAAUGACAUUUUUGAAUCCAUUUAAAAAAUCUAAAAAUUAAACAAAAAAUGUUUUUUGUUUUUCCAGUGGCACACUCUAGACUCCAUACAUUUAGUUUUUUAAAAGCCCUUAUUGAACAUUUAAACCAACUCUUCAUUAUUACACAGAGUUAAAACCUGGGACACUAAAAUUAUGUUUCUGAAUCAUGUCAUCAAAUCCAUUCAAGCUGACAUCUUCGUAAAAAUGUUCUAUAACUGACCGAAUCUCUCGUAAGAUUCAGUUCUCUUAUUUACUUCUGUUUACAGCCUGUUUGUUCUUACUUAGUGGUCAGUACUUUGAUGAUUACGCUAUUGUUAUAUAAAAUAAGUGAAAGCCUGCAUUAUAUCCUCUCAUAGCAGUGAAACUGGGAAGAAAAAUGUAUGUUAAUCAGAUUUCACUCUCCAUCAUAUCUUGAUUUCACGUCUUUUCUUUAAAUUAGACGAUAAAGUUCAUUUAAAUCUGUGUUUUGUGUUUAAAUGUGUUUUUGUUUUAUGAAGAAUCAGAACGUAUGUGCUUUGGCAUUUGGCUAUUGUAGUUUUAAAGGGAAGUUGAAUAAUCAGUUAUUAAUCAGCACAAAUAGAAAAUAAGAAGGAUGUUUUUCUGUCUUUUGAACAAUAAUUGCACUGAUUGCUGUCACAGAUUAUGUUUGGAGCUGAAACUGAAUGUUUACAGAAAUGCAGAGAUGAAGGCUUGGUCAGUGUUUGUGACGAGUCUGUUAUGAAUCUUAUUAGAGUUUUGAAACUUUACAAAACGUUAGCCAGCUAGCGAUAACAUAAUUAAACUGCAUAAUGUGGCGUUGGUUGUUUUGUGACGUCAGCUGAUAAAGGAAGUCACAAACUGCAAGCCAGAUGUUUAAUCCAUCUACAACCUAUCUAAAAUGGCAUGUAGUAUUUGUUUGAGGGCUGUCAUGACAACACAUAGACCUAUUGAAGGAAAUAAUCCUUGACGAGUGGCCUUAGACUCCAAUCUUUAAAAUGCUCUCCAGCUUGAGUUUCUGAAAUCUUAAAGCUGAUGAGUUUCAAAAACAGAUAUUUUCAAUGCUGGGUAAAUUCCUUCUUAAACAAUCUGUGUGAUAGAUUUCAUUAAAGAGGGGUGAGAACUGACCCUUUAAAUGUUAUGAGAAGGCAAGACUCCGACUCGACUGAGCAGAUGAAGGACUGCCGCUGCAGUUCCAUGUUUGUCCAUCAGGUGAUGCUGUUGAGCGUGGAAGAGGCCUUUAUGUACAUUUAGUUAUUCAGUGUGAGCACAUUUACCUGUUGUAUACUGCCUGUCCCAAUAAAGACUGUUAUAUUUCUACAA